CAUGAAUAAGGCAGACUAACAGUCGGAUUUUGCAAGUCUGAUUUGCACUAGCUAUUGUGAAGUGUACACAUUUGGCCAGUCUGACCGCUUGUGACUAUUUGUGUGUGUCUUACGGCCUGAAAGUAGAUUAGUCAGAAUUCUAAUUCUGUGGACUUCUCAAUUUUUUCUGUGUGUUUAAGAAACGGAUUUGCUUAGACUCGAGCUUGUUUAUGCGAAUUUGAAAUCGUACUACAAGGUAAUACAUUUUAGAUCUUCGUCAUUUUUUUUUUAUAUUCAACUUGACCUGUGUGGAAAACUUAGAAUUUAUUUCGGUCAAGAGCAAAGUUUUUCAUGAAUGCUACCGCCAGCGUGAAGCGCAGGUUAGCCUAGCUUUCAAUAUUGCUGUCCAACUUUCACCAUAGCUGUGGAUUGCUACAGUAUGGCGGCACCUAGCGCAUCCCUCUACUUGCCAUCUAGUGUGCCGUCGUCACUCAACACGGGUCAACCCAUGACCCACGGGAUGCAUGUUUCCAACCAGCAGUACUCACCGCAUAGGGAUAUGCCGGAGAUGAAGUACAUCCCUGCCCAGCCGCACCAAAACGGCCACAACAUCCACGGCGGGCAGCACCACAACCCCUGGCUGAGUCACAGUCCGCACGGGGACACCGGACACUGGUCAACCAUGGGGCACUUACACCACCAGGAGAUGAAGGUCAGUUCUGUCAACAACAUGGACGGUCACGGCGGCACCCUGCACCACCGGCCCACACACCAUCAGAUGCAGGUGGCGCAGCAGCACUGGCAGAUGCCGCCCCUGCAGAACUUACAGUCCCUUCAGAACCCCGGGCACAUGCAGCACCAGGGCUACCCCAUGUCCAUGAACGGCAUGAUGUCCCCGGGGCACCAGAUGCACCACGUCCUGCGGGACCCCGACCACGACCUUGACCCACACCCGCCGUCCGACGAAGACGCCCCCACCUCCGACGACCUCGAAGCUUUCGCAAAACAAUUCAAACAACGCCGCAUCAAGCUCGGCUUCACGCAAGCGGAUGUCGGUCUGGCGUUGGGGACGCUGUACGGCAACGUGUUUAGUCAGACGACGAUCUGCAGGUUCGAAGCCCUGCAGCUCAGCUUCAAAAACAUGUGUAAACUGAAGCCGCUUCUACAGAAGUGGUUGGAGGAGGCCGACUCGACGACAGGGUCGCCCACAAACAUUGAUAAGAUCGCAGCUCAAGGCAGAAAGAGGAAGAAGAGGACCAGCAUUGAGGUGACGGUAAAAGGCGCGUUAGAAAGUCACUUUAUGAAAUGCCCGAAGCCGUCUGCCCCGGAGAUCACCCACCUGGCCGACCAGCUACAGCUGGAGAAGGAGGUCGUGAGGGUGUGGUUCUGCAACCGCCGGCAGAAGGAGAAGCGGAUGACACCCCCGGGGAACAUCGGACCCAACGGGGAGAUCAUCAUGCCCGAGGGUAACGACGACUCGUCCCUGAACGACGGCAGCCCCCUCCACGACUCCUGCAGCCCGAUACACAGCAGCGGGGGCGGCGGAGGCGGCUCCCCGGUCAUGCAGAGCUACAGCAGCUCCCUGACGCCCCACUCGAUGAACCACCCCGGGUCGUCGCCCAUGUCUCAGGUCUCCUCGUUACUCUCCUACUCCAUGGGCGGGCACCCGCACCACCCCCAGCACCACCCCGGCUCCCACUCGCCUCCACCCGCCGUGCCACACCACUACCAGCUCCAGCAACAGCAGCAUUCUCUGGGAAUGAAACAUUCGCCGCCGUCGCACUGACUAGCGGCCGAGGAGUCACAUCACCAUCACCGGUAUGUGGACUCCUACAGUGGAGCACACCACGCUGAAGACUAUUCCCCGUACUCGCCACGGUAAAACGACUCUGUACCUUCUACCCGAGAGUUUUCACCUGAACUAUUCCCCGCACACCUCUGGUCCCCAGCCCUGGUCCAGCACCACAGACCUACCGGUGCUCUGUUCCAGCUUGAACUUGUUCCCUAGACAGGAUGUCUUUACAUACGAUACAUAUUCGUGGAUUCCCUGCAGGACUUGUUGAGGACACUCCAGGACACUCCAGGACACAGUUAGCCUUAACGCAGGUAUCAACACACCCCCAUGUGUGUAAGUAACAUGCACUCAUUUAAAUAAUUAAUUAUAAUUAAGGCUAAUCUUGUUUACGUAUCAUAAUGCAGGAUCACUGCGUUUUUAAUUUAAAUUUCUCGAUGAAAUAAUUUCUCUAGGAUAUACACAAUUUAACACCAUUUUAUUGUUAAGUCGGAACGUGUUUCCAUUUUUAAAUAUGCACUCAAACUAAAACGACGCAAGGUUUUUAUAUUCUUGUACAAACAUCUUAAAUAUUUUUAAUUUUAGCACCGCAAAAAAAAAUAUUACCCGAUAAAUGAGAUGCCCGUAUGUUCUGGGGAUAUGACGGGAAACUUUACUAGUAACCUGACCCGUCUACAACCAGGGUGUAGGGGGUUUUCUAAAGGUAGAUACGCGGUGCCGGCGACCCAACAGGAUUAGGAAAUGAAAAAGACUUUUCAUCCCUGUAAGGUGCCGUGUCUGUGAAGCCGACGCAGUAUCACGGCUGGCAUCUUUUCGACCUGAUGCCUCAGCUAAAUGUGGAGCCAUCUAUUUUUUUUCUCCGUGUUCCCCCCGGAAAAAUGGCGUUAAACCCCGGAUAAUAACAUGUUAAACCCACAGCUAAACCCCGAGUAAUCGCACGUUGAGCCGAGGAAGACCGAAGAGUUACGAUAGUCAUCUUGUUUUUAUUUAAAUAUUUAAAAUAAAAGUACAAACGGAUUUCAUUCUUGUAUACAAUCAGACUGACGAACUAGAUGGAAAUUUUUUUUAUUCCGGGUAAAUUUUUUUUUUACUCGUGAUUAAAAAAAUUUUAAUUAAAAAAAAAUUAAAUUAUUCACUAAGCUAUGUGAUCCUGCAUACACCUUAAGCCGGCUGCCGGAGCCGGCUGCUUGAGCCGUCUGACCCGGCUCAAAAACUAGGCUCAAUUUUCCGAGAUUGCUGUUUUCAAUGUUUCUCUUAUGUGAUUCAUGCUGCUAAUGUAAGACAGUGGGUGACGUCUCUGUUACCAUUGGUCAAAUCAAGUCAUGUGAUCUUGCUAUAAAUAACUCAAAACAUUUUGGAGAGAACCACAAAAAGGCUGUCUCACUUUUAAAAAAAAAUAAAAUGUAUUUGCAGGUGAAUGUAUGCAUGUGUGAUGUGUGUUGAGUGAAUGUGUGAUCGCGGCGUGUAUUUGAGUGUGUAAUGUGAGUUUGCACAAUGUGCUAGACUUAUUUACCUAACCUAAAUUUGAAACCUAACCCAACAUUAAUAAACAAACACAAUAUUUUUAUUUAGAUCAAUAUUUUAUUUUUAUUUUUAAACCCAUGUUCCACUACAAUUUAUUAAAAAAAACAACCACGAAUUCAUUACAAAAUACCCCUUUUUAUAUAAUAAAAGUUGUAAAGUUGUUUAAAAUAACUUAUUUACAAAGUUAUCUUUCAUUCAAAUUAAUUUUUUUAAAAUUUAAACAAAAUGCAAUUAUUUAGUUAGCCAAUAUCCUACACACAUGUCAAUUAUUUUUUUAUGUAACAUGAAAUAAAAAACAAAUCACCAGUUUUUUAAAGAAAAAAUGUGAAUACGGCCAAUGAAAUGAAACUAUUAAUGUUGGCAUAUAGAGUUGAGUAGUCACCGUAGCUUACGUUUAUUUCUCCCAAUUCAGUGCAUGUCGAUUUGUAGGAAAUAAAUUAAACACGAACACCGAGCCAAUCACCAUUGAUUUGAUCCUAACCCGCGGGACAGUCGGCUGAAAAACAAAUGGCGUUGAUUUACUAUAAAACCUAGCGCCAUCUUGCAGUUAGACGUUGAUACCAUUUCAUCAGCGCGCGUGGGACGGGGGGUGAUGACGUUAAUUACCUUGUGCCUGGGCCACCCUCUGUGUGUAACUGUCUGCUUAUGUUACAUAGGGAACGUCUUUAUAUGUAACUUUUUACAUGAUUGUUUACGGGCUUUGUGUGGUACAUUUGGAUGGGGGGCUGGGGUGGGUAGGUGUACAAUUU